AUCUUUUAUCUUCCCUUUCAGACGAAGAGGAAAAUGAAAAUGUGAGAUGUUUUGAGAGAGAAAUUGAUUUUCACUAUAUUAACACAUAUAUAGUGAGAGAAAGAGGUAAAUGGUGGAUCUUUUUACACCAGCCAUGCCUGUAUCUCCAUCUCUUGCUGGUGGAGAGAAGAAGCACUGGUGGCUUAGCAACAGAAAGAUUGUAGAUAAAUAUGUAAAAGAAGCACGAGUCCUCAUUGCGACUCAUGAACAGGGCGAGAUUGCUUCGGCUCUUAACCUUCUCGAUGCGGCUUUAUCUCUCUCGCCUCGACUUGAGCUUGCGCUAGAGUUAAAAGCACGAUCGUUGCUUUAUCUCCGGCGAUUCAAAGAGGUCGCUGAUAUGCUACAAGAGUACAUUCCGAGUAUCAGAAUAGACUCCGACGACUCAUCGUCGUCUCUAUCGUCUGAUAACUCGUCUACGCAGCUCUCAAGAGAGCGAGUCAAGCUUCUCUCCUCCGGAGGUGACUCACCUGGACGCGAUGAACCCAGUUUCAAGUGCUUCUCUGUUUCGGAUUUGAAAAAGAAGGUCAUGGCUGGUCUCUGGAAUAAUUGUGAAAAAGAAGGACAAUGGAGGUAUUUGGUUCUGGGUCAAGCAUGUUGCCAUUUGGGUCUAAUGGAGGAUGCGAUGGUGCUUCUUCAGACCGGAAAACGCCUAACAACGGCGGCGUUCCGAAGAGAAAGCAUUUGCUGGUCCGACGAUAGCUUUUCCUUCACCAAGUUCCCACUCUCCAGCGAGCUAACUAUCACCAAAGACAACCAGCCACAAACCCCUCCAAGGACCGGGUUUGAGAGCAUUACCCAGCUCCUCAGCCAGAUAAAGCUCCUUCUCCGCCGUAAGACCGCCGCCAUCGCUGCCCUCGACGCCGGACUCAACUCUGAAGCCAUCAGACACUUUUCCAAAAUCGUCGAUGGCCGCCGUGGAGCCCCACAGGGCUUUCUUGCUGAAUGUUACAUGCAUAGAGCUUCUGCUUAUAGAUCCGCUGGUCGAAUUGCAGAGUCUAUUGCUGAUUGUAAUCGAACUCUGGCUUUAGAACCAUCUUGUAUAGAAGUUCUCUGUACCCGAGCUUCUCUUUUCGAAACCAUUAGAUGCUUGCCCGAUUGUCUUCAUGAUUUGGAGCACUUGAAACUUUUAUACAAUUCGAUUUUACGCGAUCGAAAAUUCCCUGGUCCGGCUUGGAAACGUCAAUAUGUGAGGUACACAGAAAUUCCGGGCAAGCUCUGUAGUCUAACCACCAAAAUUCAAGAAUUGAAGCAAAGGGUUGCCUCAGGAGAGACUGGUUUCCACACCACACCACACCCCACCCCCAAGCAAUGUAAUUUAUUUAGUAGGAGUAAUGUAUAG